CCAGAAAUACGACAGAAUCACGUUCAGUUGAGAAUAAAAUUCAUCAUCAGUUCAAUUCCAAAAACAAUGAAUCAUCGGUCGAGUUCGCAUCUGGCGCUGCUUUUCUUACUGGCAGCUAAUGGAGUUUAUCUGGGAAACGCUCAAGUUCCAUUUCCCGGCAAGUGUCCGGAUGUCAAAGUAAUGGAUACCUUCGAUGCGGAGGCGUAUAUGGGUGUCUGGUACGAGUACACCAAAUAUCCAUUUGCAUUUGAGAUCGGCAAGAAGUGCAUAUAUGCCACCUAUGGUAUCAUAGACAAUAGCACCGUAUCAGUGGUUAAUUCCGCCAUCAAUCGAUUCACUGGACUGCCCACGAACAUAACUGGAAAAGCAAAGGUGAUCGCACCAGCUCAGCUAGCCGUGGCCUUUUACCCCAGUCAGUCAUUAACCAAGGCCAACUAUCAGGUAUUGGGCACCGAUUAUGAAUCGUAUGCCGUUGUCUAUAGCUGCACCAGUGUAACUCCAUUGGCGAAUUUCAAAAUCGUUUGGAUAUUAACCAGAGAGCGCCAACCUUCGGCAGAGACAAUUGAGACGGCCAAAAAGAUCCUAGAUGACAAUGACAUUUCCCAGGCAUUCCUCAUCGAUACGAUCCAGACCAAGUGCCCUCAAGUGGGUGGUAAUGGAACCGACUCAGCUGGAGAAGAUGACCUUGAUUUGGAUGAGUUUGUGACCACGGCAGUGCCAAAUGCCAUUGAAAAAGCAUGAGAGUGGCUGCGACGCUUUUAUGAGCGUCUCUACGACAUUUUCAUGAACUUUUUUAACUACUAAUCCAUGAAAAAAGAUGACUAUUUCAAAGUUAUUAUGGUUAUUAUACCAAUGUUAAUUAAUCUGUUAUUCCGAGAAAUAAAAUCGAUGUCGAUAAUGAUUUUAAGUGUAAAAACAA